CUUGGAAUCCCUCGCUGUCUGGGUCUGAGCCCGGGCGGAGGGAGGAGACGCCGCGGUUCGGCCGGUGGCCUUUUCCCAGGGCUGGCUGCGGGUUGUUAAACGCGCCGGCGGAUCCCGUCCCUCCCUAGGAAGGAAUGAACUCCUUCUCGAGGAAAAGCUGGACACUUACGGAGGACACGUGUUUACAGUUGAAGAAAUGAUGCCUCAUAUCCAACAUUUGAAAGGAGCUCAUAGUAAGAACCUAUUUCUUAAAGACAAAAAGAAAAAAUGCUAUUGGCUGGUGACAGUUCUUCAUGAUCGGCAAAUUAAUUUAAAUGAUCUUGCCAAGCAGUUAGGUGUUGGGAGUGGAAAUCUGCGGUUUGCUGAUGAAACAGCCAUGCUAGAAAAACUAAAAGUUGGUCAAGGUUGUGCUACACCCCUAGCACUCUUCUGUGAUGAUGGAGAUGUGAAAUUUGUUUUGGAUUCUGCUUUUCUGGAAGGUGGACAUGAAAAGGUGUAUUUUCACCCAAUGACUAACAGUGCAACCAUGGGACUGAGCCCUGAAGACUUUCUCACAUUUGUGAAGACAACAGGACAUGAUCCUAUAAUACUGAACUUUAAUUAAAACUUACUGGGUUAAUGUUUAAAAUACAUUUAGUAGUUAGGAGUUGGUGGUUCACACCUGUAAUCCUAACUUGUUCCAGGUAGGAGAUUUCAUGGG